GCAGUUACACCAUGCAUUGGUCAGCAUGUGAAGCUUGGCUCAUCUGACCAGCAGGCGGUGAUCUGCUCUUCACCAAAUACGGUCAGUGCGCGCUGAGUGUGCGCGAGCCGCCGCCGCCGCCGCUGCUGCCUGGCGCGUGUUUGAUCCUCUCAGAAAGCCAUGCCGUCAGAUCUUGCGAAGAAGAAGGCUGCAAAGAAGAAAGAGGCUGCCAAAGCUCGGCAGCGUGUGAAAAAGCAUGAUGACGUGAACGGAGAAGGAGAGCUUCAAGAUGGCCAAGUGAAUGGUGCAGUAACUAAUGGGGAGACAAAUGGAGAUGUUGCUGCUCUGACUAAGGAGCUGGAUGAGUUUGAGAUGCGUAAGAUGGAGGCGCGGGCGGUGACGGGCGUCUUGGCCUCCCACCCCAACAGCACUGAUGUUCACAUCAGCAGUCUGUCACUAACCUUUCAUGGCCAAGAGUUACUGAGCGACACAAGCCUGGAGCUCAACUCUGGCCGGCGCUACGGUCUCAUUGGCCUCAAUGGCACAGGCAAGUCCAUGCUCCUAUCUGCCAUUGGGCAUCGAGAAGUUCCCAUCCCAGAACACAUAGACAUCUACCACCUGACACGAGAGAUGGCCCCUAGUGAGAAGACAGCGCUGCAGUGUGUAAUGGAAGUUGAUGAAGAGAGGAUAAAACUAGAGAAGGAGGCUGAGCGAUUGGCUCAUGAGGACUCAGAGUGUGAGAAGCUGAUGGAGAUUUAUGAGCGUUUGGAAGAGUUGGAUGCAGACAAAGCUGAAGUUCGAGCCUCACGAAUCCUCUUUGGACUUGGUUUUACACCUGCUAUGCAGCAAAAAAACCUGAAAGAUUUCAGUGGAGGCUGGAGAAUGCGUGUGUCCCUUGCCAGAGCCCUGUUCAUAAAGCCCUUCAUGUUGUUGUUAGAUGAACCUACUAACCACCUGGAUUUGGAUGCCUGUGUGUGGCUGGAAGAAGAACUCAAGUCUUUUAAGCGAAUUCUUGUACUCAUCUCACAUUCUCAAGACUUUCUCAAUGGUGUCUGCACGAACAUCAUUCAUCUCCACCAGAGGAAGCUCAAGUACUACACUGGUAACUUCGAUCAGUAUGUGAAGACCAGGGAGGAGCUGGAGGAAAACCAGAUGAAGCGGUACAACUGGGAGCAGGACCAGAUAGCUCAUAUGAAGAACUAUAUUGCCCGUUUUGGUCACGGCUCUGCAAAGCUAGCUCGCCAGGCUCAGAGCAAAGAAAAAACACUGCAGAAAAUGGUGGCCUCCGGCCUAACAGCUCGUGUGGUGAACGACAAGACUUUGUCAUUUUAUUUUCCUCCUUGUGGGAAGAUCCCCCCUCCUGUCAUCAUGGUGCAGAAUGUCAGCUUCAGAUACUCCAGUGACACACAUCUUGUUUAUAAGAAUUUGGAGUUUGGCAUUGACCUGGACACAAGAGUUGCACUUGUGGGUCCCAAUGGGGCAGGCAAGUCCACACUUCUCAAGCUACUGAUGGGAGAGCUUCUCCCCACAGAUGGAAUGAUAAGAAAGCACUCGCAUGUCAAGAUUGGCAGGUAUCACCAGCACCUGACUGAGCAGCUAGAGCUUGACCUGUCUCCUCUGGAGUACAUGAUGAAGUGCUUCCCAGAAAUCAAAGAGAAAGAGGAGAUGAGGAAGAUCAUUGGACGCUACGGCCUGACAGGGAAGCAGCAGGUCAGUCCCAUCAGGAACUUGUCAGAUGGCCAGAAGUGUCGGGUGUGUUUCGCCUGGCUUGCAUGGCAGAAUCCGCACAUGCUGUUUCUGGAUGAGCCAACUAAUCACUUGGACAUUGAGACAAUUGAUGCUCUGGCUGAAGCCAUCAAUGAGUUUGAGGGAGGAAUGAUGCUAGUUAGCCACGACUUCAGACUUAUUCAGCAGGUGGCUCAGGAAAUUUGGGUGUGUGAAAAGCAGACCAUCACCAAAUGGAACGGGGACAUUUUGGCUUACAAGGAGCACUUGAAAUCAAAAAUUGACAAACAGACUCAUGAUAUAUAAAAACCCAUGAGCAGGACAGACAAACUUUUCCACCAUGGAUUGAUUACCCUCAUCUAUUUCCCAGAUGUGCAUGACUGAAGGAAUUUUAAAUUGCACAAUGAACCCCAGUUUUCCAACUAUUGAUGUGGAUUGCAUUCCAUUGUACUGUCAUCUAGGAGUGUUGACAACUUCCUCAAGAGCAAUCGCUAAAGCGUUCCCUGAUCUUAUAUCUCUUAAUGUACCUCUCAGAUUUCCCAGCAUCAGCACGUCUGUUUUAUUUAAAACUGUAAAGGCAAUAAUGAUUUAUUGGAAUAAAUAGAUUCAGUUAUGUUGGUGUAGAACAGUAGAGAACAUCAAAGUAUGCAGAAAACAAUUUUCAGAAUAUCCCACGUCAAAUCAUAAGUAUUCAUACCAAAUUAAUGAAUGUAGACAUAAAAUACCAUUUUAAACUAAA